AUUUACGGCAAUAUUCACACAAGUCACCUUCUAUUACAAAAAUGUUCAACCAACCCUGCUUGCCAUAUGUUACAACUAAAAAGAGACAACUAUAUAACUAGCAGACGGGGCAACAAAUGAUGUAGAGAAGCUUCGAGCGUUUAUCUUGGGCAAUGGUGGCGAAUGAAAUGAAAUGAUUGCUAGUUGCUGUCAUUCGUGUAGUUGAUUCGUCUGCGUAUGGUGCUGUUGUCAAAUUAAAGCGUUUAUUUCUUCAAUAAUAUAAAAAGUAAAAAAUCUUUAUUGCAAUUAACUGGAAGUAUAUGAAAAUUAUUUCAGUGUCCUCAAAGUAUUUUCUUGAAAAAUAUCGUGGUCCUAGUAUAAAUAAAUUUUUUAAUUUAUUUUAAACAAGUACCCAAAAACGUGUUCGCGACAAAGAGACCUUGGAAGAAGAAGCAAGCUGAAAAGCAAUAGAACGGCCCAUAAAACGUUGGAAAUAAAGGGCUUAGCAAAUCAAUACAGGCGUAUAAAGGCAUCGAAAAUAUUCAUUGAGUUCAGGGCUUUCCAUUAUAUUUGCGGAAAAUAUUGUGAAAGUUUUUUUUAACGACGAUUUUCAAGUUUGUGCUUGAUUAUAUAUGUAUGUGCGUUAAUAUCUAUCACACUACUACACUGCACGGUACUAUUAAGAAUAAAAUUGUCUUGUACGAGAACAAAUUCUUGCCUGAAUAGUUACAUCAGUUAAUUUUGCUGUCAUAUAUUUCUCAAAACGCUGUUUUGUAGAAAGCGCAACAAAAUACAUAAAAAUCAAAAGAAAAGUAGAUUAAUUAACUGGUAAAAACAAUAAAAAUCCUGCGUAGUCAAUUACCAGCAUCUAACACUAAGCGGUUAAACGAAUAUUAAGAAACCCCAAAACUUUCUAAAAAUGGCAGCUAACUUUAAUAAUAUUGUUGUCAAUGAAGGAGUAGAACGCAACAAUUCUUCCUCAUCUCUAAAUUCACUAGUAAGUAGUGGUCGUCAUAGCAAAAACAACAGCGAGGUAUUUAUAAUUACCAAUAAUGGAGAAGGUAGUAGCGCUAACAACGGAGGACUCGGGGUAAACGGCACAUGCAACUUUAGCGGUGUCGUUGUGAGUGAGGUUUCAGAUGAAACAAAUCUAAAAUUUAGUUCCAAAUAUAAGAACAGUUGCACAUUGAUAUGCAUAUAUGAUCCACAGGGAGUCAUAUUGAAAAUCACCGAAGAAAAUAACACUUCGAAUGUAUUGAAAGAGUAUUUACUCGCUUAUGACACAGAAUCUGCUCAAAUCGGACGUCAAACCUUUGCACUUUCCCUGGAUAAUGAUAAUUUGCUUUUGCGUUUUACUUCUGCUUACGAACAACAGCGGUUUCGAAAGUUAGUUGAUAGCGUAAAACAUCUCCGACCAAAAUCAGUAUUUUCACAACGAACCGAAGAGUCUUCCGCGUCACAGUAUUUCCAAUUUUACGGAUAUUUAUCACAGCAACAGAAUAUGAUGCAAGAUUAUGUCCGUACCAGUACAUACCAACGAGCAAUUCUUGGAAAUUCUAUUGAUUUUCAUAAUAAAAUAGUUUUGGAUGUUGGAGCUGGUUCUGGGAUUUUAUCAUUUUUCGCUGUUCAGGCGGGAGCAGCUAAAGUUUACGCUAUUGAAGCGUCAAAUAUGGCUCAAUAUGCCCAGCAAUUGGUUGACUCUAACAAUGUACAAGAGAAAAUAUUCGUAAUGCCUGGAAAAAUUGAAGAAAUUGAUAUACCGGAAAUGGUCGAUGUAAUAAUAUCAGAACCAAUGGGGUAUAUGCUCUACAAUGAGCGCAUGCUUGAAACAUAUUUGCACGCUAGAAAAUGGUUAAAACCAAAUGGAAAAAUGUUUCCCACACACGGUGAUUUACAUAUUGCACCGUUCUCUGACGAAUCUCUUUAUUCAGAGCAAUAUAACAAAGCUAAUUUUUGGUAUCAAUCUGCGUUUCAUGGUGUUGAUUUAACUACGUUACAUAAGGAAGGAAUGAAAGAGUAUUUCCGUCAGCCUAUUGUCGAUACUUUCGACAUACGUAUCUGUAUGGCGAAAUCAGUUCGACAUGUGUGCGACUUUAUUCGAGACAAUGAAAAUGAUUUGCAUAAUAUAGACAUACCCCUCCAGUUCCAUAUUCUACAAACCGGCAUCUGUCAUGGUCUAGCCUUUUGGUUUGAUGUAGAAUUUUGUGGUUCCAACCAGCAAGUAUGGCUUUCUACAUCACCAACUGCACCUCUAACGCACUGGUACCAAGUCCGAUGUCUUUUACCGAUGCCGAUAUUCAUUAAACAAGGACAAAUUUUAACUGGCCGUGUCUUGCUAGAGGCCAAUCGACGGCAGUCGUAUGAUGUGACAAUCGAUUUACAUAUUGAAGGCACCCUAAUAUCCUCAAGUAAUACUUUGGAUUUGAAAAAUCCUUACUUUAGAUAUACAGGGGCACCAGUUCAGGCACCACCUGGAACAAGUACGCAAAGUCCUUCUGAGCAAUAUUGGUCUCAACUGGAUAACCCUCAGGGAGCGCGAAAUGCGAGCAAUUCAUCAAAUGGCAUGACGAUGAAUGGGCUUUCCGAAACUUCAAUGGAAAUCUCACAUACACUUAUGAACACUCAUAAUUAAACUAGAAUCGUGUGAACUACUCAAUUUUGCUAUGAUUCGUUUAUGGCCACCAUCUAGCUAUAAUUGAUUUUACGUCGUUUAUAACUAUUUAUUUUAGAUUAUUUUAUACAUAUAAUGCUCGUUUGAAUUUGGUUCACUCAAAGACAAAAAUUUUGGGAAAGGGACGAGCAGAGAAGGUUUUGUGAAUCUUUGUUAUUUUGUGAUGUAUUGGCAGGAUAUUUGUGUAAGAAAGAAAAUUUUAAGCUCGAAAUGUUUUUUUUUUUGUAAAUUUGUUCAAAUGGUUAUAUAAAUCAUAUACAAAGAACUUUUAUACACGUAUGUAUAUUAUAAGUUCAAAGAACAUACAUACUUAUUUGCUAACAUAUAAAAAACAUUGAAUAUGUAAUUGAGUGAAAGCCAAUGUCAACUAGAUGUUAUGUUUCUCUAGUGGUAGACACGUAUCAAAUAAAUAUAUAAGUCAAAUAAUAAUGUAAAUUUAAUUAUAGUGGCUUACUUUUUUAAGUAUGCAAUUUUCCAAUAUUUUUCCCUACCAAACACUAGAUAUGAAAUGCGCUUAAUUUAGAAAUAACAGAUUUUAACAUAUAUGUAUUAAAAUAUAAAUCAAAAUUUUCGAAUGGAAAAUACUAGUUUACCCUUGUCACAUUUCAAGCAUUUAUUUUUAUAGUAUAUUAAUCCGCAGACAACAAAUACAAAACAUACAUUUUAACUCCUAAUAAAUUUGACAAAUCGCCAUUUUCAGCUUUUAAGAAUUUAUUAACAUUGAUACUGCUUAAUAUCAUUUCUAUAUAAGACUUCAUACAAUCCUAAAUGGAACGCGUUUAUUUAUAUUAAGUAUAUGCAAUUAUUGAAUUGAAUGUUAGUUUAAUUACACAGUACGGCGUAUAUUUUUCUUCAACAUUUAGCCCGUUAGUUUUAACUGGAUAUUAUAUCUCCUCAUUAUAUUUAUCUAGACGGUAGAUCAUAGUUCCUAGUUGUAAGCAAUAUAAGUCUAUACAUAAUGAAUAUAAAUAUGAGAAACUGUAAGGAGUGGAUCAAGUUUUAUUAAGAUAUAUGAAGUUAAGUGUAGAAGUUCCGAAUUCAUAUUUGAUAUUUUAAAAUAAUAUACCCACAUAAAUAUAUCAACUACGCUGUAAGAGUAAACCCAUUUUCGUAGCAAUUAAAUUUUUUUUUUGCUGUGUGGUCAGAAAAUAUUUAAUUGCUCUUCUAUAAAUUACUAAUUUUCUCAAUGGAAACAUGUGUUCUUUAGUUUGGAUUUAAACAUAUGUAUGUAAGAGAUUACUAAGUUAAUUUAUAUAUUUUUGUCAUUCGAGAUGUUGAUUGAGUUGAAAAAUAUAAAACCGGGAGUUUUACAAUGUAAUUAGUUUUUAUUUCGCUUCCGAUGGUUUAAGUUGUAUUACAUUAUUGUAUGACCAUUUCUUCUAUAAGUUUUUGGCAAAUUAAAGCCAAGAAAGAGAUGUUCGCUUUGUAUUAGGAUUUAGAGUUGCUAAUAAGUAUAUAUAAAAAUUAUAAACAAUUAUAAUUUUAGAAAUAGAUAUAUACAUAUAAAAACAAACUAAAGUCUUAUAUUUGGAAAAACUACACGCUGCUAAAAUUGUAUAUUAAAAAUCGAGGUGACAUAGAUGUAUGUAUUUGAUCUUCACCUUUAGAUGCUACAAAUUGAGUCCACGGCAAA